AAGCAAGCCUGAAAGCCGAUCUCCCCGAGGGCGUGGCUCCAAAAUGCUGGCAAAUAAAAACUCAGUGAGCCAGCGGCAGCCCAGAGACCAGCAGGAGGCACUGGGAGACAUGCUAAUGGCGACCCCGCAAACCCUGCUGCUCUGCCUGCUGGUCCUAGCAGCCACUGAAGGCUGGGGUCGGAAGGCUGCCAUUCCAGGCUGCUACUUGUACUCCUUCAAUGUAACGGUGCGAAGUGACCCCCAAGGCACCUGUCGGGGUGCCCAUGUGGCACAGGCCUGUGUGGGCUACUGCGAGUCCAGCGCCUUCCCCUCCCGAUACUCUGUGCUGGUGGCCAGUGGCUAUCGGCACAACAUCACCUCCGUCUCCCAGUGCUGCACGAUCAGCAGCCUGAAGAAGGUGAAGGUGCAGCUGCAGUGUGCGGGGAACCGGAGGGAGGAGUUGGAGCUCUUCACAGCCAGGGCCUGUCAGUGUGACAUGUGCCGCCUCUCCCGCUACUAGGCCUCCUUUGCCCUCCUCCCUCCCCUGCUCAGUGGAUUUGUUGUCCUGGAAGAAGCAAGGGUCUGGGAUUCAGAAAACUGGAAGGGGUCCCAACCCUGCCAGUAAUGUACUAUGGGAUUUUUUUUUAAUGAGGGGUUGUUCUGGCUCUUACUAUCUCUAGAUGUUGUGGUUAUAACCUCCUGAGAAGAGGCCUGACCCUUCUAAUCAGUCUUGCAUCGUUCCACUUCUCCGUCCCUAACCCUAAAUA